GAAAAUGGCCUCUGAUGUGUGAAAUAUUUGUUAAGUCAGUGAUAAUUUGUCGCCAGAUUUACGUCGUUUUUUCUGAACGCGUCUAUCGGAAAAUUUCGUGAGGGCUCCUGUUAAGCGUCGAAACAUGACUGAGUUUGGCAUGCGUUCGUUCACUGUUCAGGGUCAGAGGAAAAAUUCGACUCUGUAUGUUCAUCCAGAAGGUCCCUACAAGCUCCAGCCGAAUCAAGAGUUGCAGUAUGGCAAAUUUCUCAUGGAGAAGAACGCAGUUCACCGGACUCACGGAGGUGCUGUGCAUAUCUAUACCCACUGUUACACGUUUCGGAAAAAAUGUCCCGCUAGAGCUGUCUUCACUGCAGAUAAUGUAGUUGUGAAAAAUGGCAACGAACCCCACAAUCACGAGCCGGUCGAGGAUGAAGUUGAUCAGUUUCGUUUGCUUAUGGAACUCCGAAAGGCACAGCAAAUAUGUAAUGGAAACCAGGAGAUUGUGUACAAAUGUGAGCUGUGCUCUAAGAUGUUCAGCCACAAAAAAACUUUGCUAGCACAUUAUCGGUCAGCACAUCGUGUGGAGCCCAGUAAUGCCGACGGCACCCAGCAGAACUUCAAAUGUGUCCAUUGCGACAACGCUGUAUUCGCGACAUUAACCCGACUCCGCUCUCAUUACGUCGACACUCAUCAGUUCAACCCAGAGACGCAGGAGUUAGAGUUUCCCACGUUGGCUGAAUUCGAAAAUUGGCGUCGUCACAUGGAAUCGGAAACUGGACUACGGAUGCGUCGCCGAUGGGGUAGCCGCAAAAGGAAAGAUGGCAGCGUCCGAUUUCGAUUCUCCUGUUCCCGAAAUGAUCCAUUGCGUAAGGGAAUAAUUCGCGUCAAUUUUGCGUGGUGUCCGGCAGAAAUGAAGGUAGUUAAAGAUGGCGGCUUGAACAGUAGAGUCAAGGUGGAGUGGAAUUCAUCGCAUUACGGACACGAUCUCGAUCAUCUCACGUUGCUAGCCGAUACCACUCAGGAACAGGAAGUUGUCGAAAGAGCGGAGGUCGAAGAAAUAACUGAAGAACAACCUAUGGAAGAGGACCAAGGUGUUACAACCGUCAUGCAAAUGGUGCCUGAGGAGGCCAUUGGCACUGAGGACUCGGCAAUUCUUUUACAGGACGAUACUCAACCCGAACCCACCGCUAUAGAGCACGUUACUGGCGAGGAUAGCCUGAUUGAAGAAGCGGAGGAGACACGUCAACUUAUAGAAGACCCGAACACUUGUGAAGCUCCAGUGUUAGAGCCAAAACUACAGCGGGCUGUAUCCUCGAUGUGCGCGCAGGUUGGCAUAACGCAGACGGCCGUAAGACAAGGCGGUACUCUCCGUGGGGACCAGCAGGUUGAAGCGGUAUCUAAGAUGAAUGACCUUUUGCAGCUUAUGGUUAAUGUUCAACUGAAAAGUGCUGACUACGAACAGGUACACAAACUUAUGGAUGCUAUCUUAAUAGUUUAUAAGCGACGCCUGCACCAACAAGAGACCGAGCACCAAGGCGAGGCUAUCCAAACCAACGAGCACCAGCAAGUCAUACAAUUGGAGGACGUUGAAGGAGGACAGCUGAUCGUCAUUGAAGAUGCUGACGUUCAGCAGCUGUAUGCUGACCAUAGUUAUUCAACUCAAGAUGGUGAAACGACUGUGAUUGAAACGGAAAAUGGUGUUGCCGAGAGCAUCCUGGAGGGCGGACCGGUUCAUUGGGAGAUUCGUGAGGUUGAGUGUGUGAAGAGUAUGGCGCCGACAACGACGAUCGUAACGCGGCAAAGAGCCUCCCUCCACCACCAAUAAAGACCGGAAGCCGAAAGCAACGAAAUGAAUUUGGAGUCAAACUGCAAGCGCUGAAAUUACUUUAACCCCUUAAACGCUUCUCAUAUUGUGUCUGUGUUUUAGGUCAUGAACUACUUUUCAUUUGAAAAUACAUUGAGUGGAAGCAAACAUUUUUAAAUAAAAUAAAUUGAUGUCAGUAAGCCACUGAAAGAGGACGCAGAAUGGAGUCUCUCUGACAAACUCAUAAUGAAAUAGUACUAUAAUAACUGGGCAAUAAUUGACAUCGUCAAUGGAAAGCGGUGAAGGCUUCAAUUGGAUGAAAUUUGUGGUGCAACAAGUGAUCCAAUGUGUACCCAUCGUAAUAAUGACAUUUGAUUUUAUUCAUUUGCUACAAUUCGUUGUUAUAACUAUUCAGACUUACCAAGCAACCACAAAAUCUUCUUUAAUUGUGUUAUGUUCCAAUGAGCUUCACUGUCAACGCUUGAUAUUAAUUUUAUAAUAAAUAUACAAUAUUUUCUUGUUUACCGAUAGAAUGCAGAUCAAAUUUGUGCCAACCAGAUAUUUAACAGCUUACCUACGCUACCAUUCAGCUUUGUCAAUCUGGUGGCAUUGGCCUUUACUGCGACAAUUUAAUAUAAUUAUUAUGUUAUAUGAUUUUUGUCAGACGUAUAUAUUAUAACACGGAAGCGUUGUUUACGUGAAUCUAACAUGUAUGUUACGACCAAUCAAAAACGAAAGUGCAUAAGGUGAUACACAAAUACAUGUACAUAAUAAUAUACUAAAUGAGAAAUAUAAGGAGAAAAGAUUAUAUUGAGAAAAUUCAAACGGUUUUUUGUUGCACCAGCUUGUUCACAUUCAUCCACAUCAGAAACUACCUUUCUAUUGUGAAAUAUUUCGUUGUGACAAUGUCUUUUGGGACCACAGUCUUACAUAAGACACUGAUUUGCAAACUCUCUAACAGAACUGGUGUGUUAACGUACUUUAUAUGGAGCAUAAAAAACAACUUUGUUAACUAACGCAAAAGUACGUCGAACAAAGUCCUUGUAUUACUUGUAACCGAUUUGGGAAAAUUUCUCAUUUUAUAAGUCGGUCGACUCUCACCUAGCUUUAUGACCGUAACACUCGUUCUACUGACUCAUCCCUAACAGGCAAUUUGGGAAUCCGGUCAUGGCUAUAAUCGUGAGUACUGACUGCCAGCAAAUUUAAAAUAUUAGAAGAAACAUUACUUUUAACACGUAAAAGACAGACACUGAUUAAUCAAAACACUACAAUGCAAUUGUAUCCCAUGAAAUUUACUCUAUUAAUUAAUUUACACAUUUACGCGUUCAUGAACGUCCGCUGGAACACUCGUAGGAAAGUACAAGUGAGCUUGCAAUAAUCGA